AUGAUUUCUAAGACCUUCACCGUUCUCCUUGCCUUGCUGCCCCUUGUGCAAUGCGCACCUCCUACUCCCGCCGCCUCUUCGGCUUUGCCGACUGGUACAUCUACCGUCGCCCUCAAUACUGCGGCGAAGGCGGCAGGGAAACUGUACAUGGGUACUGCCACCGACAACGGGGAGCUUACUGACACCGCUUAUACCACUAUCCUGGACAACAAUGCAAACUUCGGCCAGAUCACCCCUGCGAACGCCAUGAAAUGGGAAAAUACAGAGCCGGAGCAGGGAACAUGGACCUGGACGAACGCUGACCAGAUCGCCAACCUCGCGAAGACCAAUGGCCAGCUCCUGAGAGGCCACAACUGUGUCUGGUACAACCAGCUCCCCAGCUGGGUGACCUCCGGGUCUUGGACCAAUGCCACACUUACUGCCGUAGUUCAGGACCAUACUACGGAAUUGGUUAGCCGCUAUAAGGGACAAGUUUAUGCCUGGGAUGUAAUCAAUGAGCCCUUCAAUGACGACGGUACUUACCGCUCGGAUGUCUUCUACAACACCAUCGGCCCAGCAUACAUUCCCAUCGCCCUGCGCGCAGCCAGAGCCGCCGACCCUAAUGCCAAGCUCUACAUCAACGAGUACAACAUUGAGUACACGGGUUCCAAGGCGACAGCUAUGCUGAACCUCGUGGAGAGUCUUAAGGCAGAGGGCGUUCCCAUCGACGGUGUUGGUCUGCAGUCCCACUUCAUCGUCGGCGAAGUCCCCACCUCGCUUCAGUCCAUCAUGGAGCAGUUCACCGCGCUCGGCGUCGAGGUCGCCAUCACCGAGCUGGACAUCCGCAUGACCCUCCCCGAAACUGCUGCCCUCCUGGAGCAGCAGAAGACCGAUUAUGACACUGUCAUCUCUGCAUGCAGGGCCGUCUCCGGCUGCGUUGGCGUCACCGUUUGGGACUUCACUGACAAGUACUCUUGGGUACCGAGCACCUUCUCCGGUCAGGGUGCCGCGACACCUUACGACUCGAACCUUGUGAAGAAGCCUGCCUACGACGGAAUUGUUGCUGGCUGGCAGUAA